AUUCUCGCUUCAGACAUUAUGAAGAUCCUUGUGAUAGCUACAAUCCUCAGCUCAGUGUCCCUGUGCACGAGUGCCGAAUAUGGAUCUCCCAACGUGUACGAGUUUUUGGCUCCGGCGAGGCUGAACUACGGCUUCAACGCAGGGAUUCGCCUUCCUCAACUUCCCACACUUUCAUUUAAGGAGCAAGAGAUUCCUAUUCCUGUUCCCGAUUUGGCAAAUGUGGAAAUUCCGUUCGUUUAUCCCAUAUUCAGCAUACCAAGCAGAGCUCUUCAGAGUACAAGGCUUAUUAGAAACUGGAACGACGCUAUUCAAGUACGGUUCCAAUGCCUUCAAACAGCUCCAUACUCCCUGGUGGAAAGCUUGUACUUGUGUGAUGGCUUGACGGCCUUACCUCUCCUAAUAUCUAAAAACAAUAGGGAACUUGUUGCAGAAUCAAAGUGUCCAUGA